AUGGCACGACGCUGGCUGCUGCCUGGCGCCCUGGCGUCGUGCGUGGCGCUGUGGUGCCUGCAGUGGCCGUGGGACGCCGCGUGGGUGCUCCCCAGCAGCGCGGCGAGGACGGAGGGGGCGCUCCAGUCCAUCCCUCCGGUGCAGCUGCGAAAACCCUCCGUCUUCGAGUACCAGUGCAAGGUGAUCCUCGCGUCCCGCACGGGGUACCCGUUGCCGUUGAUGAUCGGCUUCAAUCUCUACGGCAACAUCAUGCUGCGCAAGGAGACCCCUGGCGACAGGCGGUACCCCCACUGGAUCUUCGCCUGGCCCGUGGGGCUGCUGGUGUACACCUACCCGGCGUCCGCCUUCUCGGAGAUGGUCUUCCAGAUGGUGUCCCCGCGCAUCCUCGGGAACAACCAGGCCAUAAUGGUGUUCUCCUUCUGGUUCCUGGUGAUCCAGUACUGCGACCCGUUCUACCGGUUCUGCAAGCGCCCGGGGGUGUUCAGCAUCCUCACAACGUGGUGGCUCGCCGACGCCACUCGCGUGUCGCUGCUGACUCUGGGAAUCUGGCUGCAGGUGCACGGCUUCCAGGAGUCCCCGAUCUACAAGGAGGUCGCCGAGGUGCAGCAGGGCGCCGACGGCGCUGCCGACGACGCCGAGGCGCGGCAGCGGAUUCUCUGCCGCUGGUGCGCGCAGAAGGUUUCGGACUGCCCCGUGUGCCGACAGACGCUCGUGGACGUCAUCCGAACCUACAAGGCGUGA